UAAAGCACAUUGACACACACCCGCAGAGACCAAAGAAGCAAAAAAGGGAGAAUAAAGGGCAAAAAAAAAAAUCUCCCUUUAGAAAAUAUCUUUGAUUUUCAAUCUCUGAGAAAGAAAGAGAGAUCUGACAUGGCUUCAUCCAAAGAACGUGAGAACUUUGUAUACGUUGCUAAGCUUGCUGAGCAAGCCGAACGUUACGAUGAAAUGGUUGAGGCCAUGAACAAGGUAGCAAAUCUGAAUGUUGAGUUGACUGUGGAGGAAAGGAAUCUUCUUUCUGUUGGUUAUAAGAAUGUGGUAGGUUCUAGGAGAGCAUCUUGGAGGAUCUUGUCCUCUAUUGAGCAGAAGGAAGAAUCUAGGGGAAAUGAGGUAAAUGCCAAGCGAAUCAAGGAGUACCGGCAAAAGGUGGAGUCGGAGCUCACCAACAUUUGCAAUGACAUUAUGGUGGUCAUCGAUCAGCAUCUGAUUCCUUCUUGUACUGCAGGCGAAUCAACCGUGUUUUACCACAAGAUGAAGGGGGACUAUUAUCGUUAUCUUGCAGAAUUUAAAUCUGGCAAUGACAAGAAAGAGGUUGCUGAGCUUUCGUUGAAAGCAUAUCAGUCAGCUACAACUGCUGCAGAGGCGGAAUUACCACCCACUCAUCCCAUUCGAUUGGGAUUGGCUUUGAAUUUCUCUGUUUUCUACUAUGAGAUCAUGAAUUCUCCUGAAAGGGCAUGCCAUCUGGCAAAGCAGGCCUUUGAUGAAGCAAUAUCUGAGCUGGAUAGCCUGAAUGAGGAUUCCUACAAAGACAGCACCUUGAUUAUGCAGCUUCUAAGGGACAAUCUCACCUUGUGGACUUCUGAUCUUCCAGAGGAUGCAGAAGAUGCCCAAAAGGGAGAUGCCACAAACAAAGCAGGUGGAGGUGAAGAUGCAGAGUGAAUGGGCCUAAUGAAUAGGGCUACCGUGUGUAAGGUGUGACGAUGAGGAUACACCAAGGGGAUGUUGUUGAGUCUUAGUAGAUACUUAUAUUAUGGGCAUGUCGUGUCAGUUUCUUUACAUCUUAAUUGUCUGCAAUUCAGCAUGUGUGUGAUUUGUAUCCUUGUGCUAUUUCCUCUCCGUAUAGUGAGUUGUUUCAGUCUUUAGAUGAUUGGAUUGGUCUAUAGGUGGUUUUAUUUUUCAGAUGACUGCCGCAGCCAAAUGGAGGACAUCAGCUCUUUUUUUGUCCUCCCAACCUUAUUACGUCAGUGUCACCAAUUUUAUAUUAUUCUCUCCUAUUUCAUUUA